GGAGUCGGGCUGGGAUUUUCUGACGCCGUAUGUUUUUCUUAAAAAUAUCUGUUUUUCAUACAUUGUUGGGGUCCGUCAACCGUGCGCGAUCGGCGCCGUAAGCGGCAGUGGAAAUGAUGAACUCCAGUGUCGACCUGUCCCGGAGGAAUCCGCAGGAGGAUUUCGAGCUGAUCCAGAGGAUAGGAAGCGGCACUUAUGGGGAUGUGUACAAGGCUCGUAAUGUAAACACAGGGGAGCUGGCUGCUAUCAAAGUCAUCAAACUGGAACCGGGUGAGGACUUUGCUGUCGUCCAGCAGGAGAUUAUAAUGAUGAAGGACUGUAAACACUCCAAUAUUGUGGCCUAUUUUGGCAGUUAUCUCCGGAGAGAUAAGUUAUGGAUCAGUAUGGAGUACUGUGGGGGAGGCUCUCUGCAGGAUAUCUAUCACUUAACCGGGCCUUUGUCAGAGUCACAGAUAGCCUACAUGUCACGGGAGACCCUGCAGGGUUUGUACUAUCUACAUAAUAAAGGCAAAAUGCACAGAGACAUCAAGGGAGCCAACAUCCUCCUGACAGACAAUGGCUAUGUGAAACUAGCCGACUUUGGGGUGUCAGCCCAGAUCACAGCAACUCUAGCCAAGAGGAAGUCAUUCAUUGGAACUCCUUACUGGAUGGCUCCAGAGGUAGCAGCAGUGGAGAGGAAAGGAGGUUACAACCAGCUGUGUGAUAUCUGGGCUGUGGGUAUUACUGCAAUAGAGCUGGCUGAACUGCAGCCACCUAUGUUUGACCUGCACCCCAUGAGGGCUCUGUUCUUAAUGACUAAGAGUAAUUUCCAGCCUCCCAAGUUGAAAGAUAAGCUUAAAUGGACGAACAACUUUCACCAUUUUGUCAAACUAGCUCUGACCAAGAACCCAAAGAAGAGGCCCACAGCUGAGAAGCUGCUGCAGCACCCCUUUGUGUCCCAGCCUCUCAGCAGGACGCUGGCAAUAGAGCUGCUGGACAAAGCUAAUAACCCUGACCACAGCACCUUCAACGACUUUGAUGACGACGACCCCGAACCAGAGUCUCCGGUCUCUGUUCCUCACCGCAUUCGUUCCACCAGCAGGAGCACCAGGGAAGGAAAGACGUUGUCAGAGAUUAACUUUGGUCAGGUGAAGUUUGAUCCUCCGUUGAGAAAGGAGACAGAACCCCAUCAUGAACCGCGUGAAUCUGAGCCCUAUCUGGACUGUGUUGAGGAGCUCUACUAUACCGCGAGAUCUAAUCUGGACUUGCAGUUGGAGUAUGGGCAUGAUUCACCAAGUCUACUGGGAGGAAACAAGAGUCUUCUCAAAUCUGUGGAGGAGGAGCUACAUCAAAGGGGCCAUGUGGCACACUUAGGGGAUGAUGAGGAUGAGGAUGAUGAUGGUGCAGAUGAUGAUGAAACUCACACUCAUAAAUCGAGCACUAUCAUGAGACCAAAGGUCCCACCCCCCCUUCCUCCCAAGCCCAAGUCCAUCUGCUCGUCCCAGCCGCAGCAACAGCUAAAACACGACGAUAGCCAAUCACACAGCGAGGACGACGGCGGAGGGGGAGGGACCAUCAAACGCUGUCCAGUACCGGAGACGCCGAGCCCCGCCAAGCCCGCCUCCAAUGUCCCCCCGCGGCCCCCGCCCCCGAAGCUGCCGCCCCACCGCCGCAGCAGCCUAGGUAACGAGAGCUUGAAGUGCACGGACGUCGAAAACUCUGCCCCAGAGGAUGAUGGGAGCUUUAGACAUUUCUGGGAGUGGCUCCACACGCCUCACACAGAGGAGGAGCUGGAGGAGGCGUGGGAGGUGCUGAAGGAGGUGAAAGAGGAGCAGGAAAAAGAGGAGGAAGAGAGCAAUGGGCUGAACUCUUCACACAAUGGAGAGAGGGACAGUCCAGCAGAGAGACAGUCCACCAUGCCACCUAGUGUCCCCAUACGGAAAGACAAGAAGGACGUGCCGAAGCCUAUCAGCAAUGGCCUCCCACCAACACCCAAAGUCCAUAUGGGUGCGUGUUUCUCCAAGGUGUUCAACGGCUGCCCUCUGAAGAUCCACUGCGCCACUUCCUGGAUCAACCCUGACACCAGAGACCAGUAUUUGAUAUUUGGAGCUGAAGAGGGAAUAUACACACUAAACCUUAAUGAGCUACAUGAGACAUCAAUGGAGCAGCUCUUCCCUCGACGGUGCACCUGGCUGUACGUCAUGAACAAUUGUCUUCUUUCCAUAUCUGGAAAAGCCUCCCAGCUGUACUCUCAUAAUCUGAGUGGUCUGUUCGAACAGGCCAGACAGUUACAGAAGUUACCAGUAGCCAUUCCCACACACAAACUGCCUGAUAAGAUGAUUCCCAGGAAGUUUGCUGUGUCCAAUAAAAUUCCAGACACUAAAGGGUGCCAAAAGUGCUGCGUAGUGCGAAACCCGUACACAGGCCAUAAGUACCUAUGUGGAGCCUUCCAGUCCAGUGUCAUGCUGUUGGAGUGGGUGGAGUCCAUGCAGAAGUUCAUGCUCAUCAAGAACAUCGACUUCCCGUUGCCAUGUCCAUUGGAGGUCUUUGAGAUGUUGGUGGUCCCGGAGCAGACUUACCCUCUGAUCUGUGUGGCGGUCAGUAAAGGAACUGAGCUCAACCAGGUGGUCAGGUUCGGUACCGUCAACCCCAACUCUACCUCCUCCUGGUUCACAGAAGCAGACACACCACAAACGUGUGUGAUCCACGUCACGCAGCUAGAGAGAGAUACUAUCCUAGUCUGCCUCGACAGGUGUAUAAAGAUAGUGAACCUUCAAGGCAGAUUGAAAUCCAGCAGGAAGUUGUCAGCUGAGCUCACCUUCAACUUCCAGAUCGAAUCCAUAGUUUGUCUCCAAGACAGCGUGCUGGCCUUCUGGAGACACGGUAUGCAGGGAAGGAGUUUCAAGACCAACGAGAUCACCCAGGAGAUCUCCGACAAUACACGCAUCUUCAGACUACUGGGAUCGGACAGAAAUGCUGACUGUAGAGAUCCAAACGACCGAGACCUCGCUAUGCCCAGGGUGGUGGUGCUUGAGAGCCGGCCUACAGACAACCCAACAGCCCACAGCAACCUCUACAUCCUGGCAGGCCAUGAAAACAGCUACUGAGACACACACACGUACACACACAAGUGAACACACUCUCUAAACAGCCUACCACUAAUGCAAAUGAGGGAGUGAGCAACCCGGGAGACACACUCACACCCCCUCCCCCCACACAACCAUAACCGCUAACCCACCCAAACCUCCACUUUCUCACCCGGGCCUGUCCGCAAGUGUGACUGGGAGACGAGCAGUUUCGUGGGUGCAGAUGUGGAUUUCCAGUUUAUUGAAAAUGUGCCGCAGUGUUACAUGUGUGUCAGUUAAGCGUGUUGUAGAACGGCAGAGGGGUUGUUGACCAGUUUCUGACAAAGGCGGGGGGCUUAAAAGAAAAGCUGGUCCGAGACUAAGAUUCUGCUCGUAAUGGUUGAAUUUGGGUAGAAAUAGUCUGAAAGUCUGAUCUCUUCUCUGCACUGUUAAAGAGCGACUUCAACCUAGAAUCCCUCUUGAAUACCACCCACCUUCCCCCUGCAUAAUGCAUACUGGGAAAAAUCGCAUCCAGCACAGAAGUUUGACUUCAACACUACUUCUACUACUAGUUCUACACAUACUACUACUACUACUGCUACUGCUACUAGCGCUAGAGCUUCACAGAAGAGCCAUCUUGCACAAAAAAACCUUCCCUCCUCUUGUUCUUUGUUCUUUCAUCUGUCUCCUCCUUCCUUUCCUUCCUUUUUUUUAAAAAAAAACAACAAAAAACUACACCUUUAUUUAUUGUGGCAUGAUGUAACUUUAACAACCAGGAUGGCUUUCCUGUUUUACGUGUUUUAAGAAAAAAAAGAAAAAAAAAAAGGAUAAAAAAGAGAAAACAGACUAAAAAGCUUCGCCACCUCUGCUAGCAUUGAAUUCUGAUACCCCGUCACCACACCACACAAGUGCUUAAUUGACCUCUAUUUAAUUGUUGUAAAUAUAAAUGUAGUAUUUUUUUGACAGAGACGAACACUAAAAAGACUGGUCGUGUAGAUAGGUGUGUGUAGAGUUGCUCUGUACAACUGUGGAGACGAACAGAGACAGACGGGCAUGGUGAAGUGAAGGGAGGGGGGGCGGGGUGGGGUUAGGGGCAUAAAUUCACUUCCUAGUUCUCUGAUCAUGUGACAAGGAAGGGUCAGGAAGCAAAGACCCCGGCAGUCUCCUCAGGUGGACAGCUUUAGUAAUCCGAUAUAAACCUAAUAACGAUCUGGAGCUCAGGAUUGGACUGAGCAAACACAGGAAGCAGCACUGAUUGGUCAUUUUCAUUCUGCAUGCGUCACCAUCGUAACUUCCUGCUCGUUUGCACCGUAGAAACUGUCGUCAGGGCAGCGGACGUUAUGAGUUCCUUUUGAGUUUGUUUUUCCUGUUUUGAAAUCAUCUUUUUUUAUUAUUUUUAAUAUUGUCCUAAUCAAAAGCCGUUUUUUGUUUGUUUUUUUGGUUUUAUCUUUUUUUUUUUUUUUAUUGAACCACUGGUGUUAAAAUUUGCACAGAGAAAAAGGUAUUUGAUAAACAAAUGUGAUGUCAUUAUAAUAUAUGACCUUGUGUGUAUGCACAGUGUGUGUGUGUAUGUAUGUGUGUGUAGACGUAGAAUAUGCACAUACGAGUGCAUCGUGUACAGAUCUGGCCUUUAACAAGUGACGGUAGUGACUGUUUGACGCCAACAUAUAUUAAAAAAAGCAAGCUGAAUUUACACAGAAAGAAAAAUCAUUUAAAUGUAUUCGAUACAUCUGAUAUAUAUUAAUCAUUAGCCAUAAUUUGCUUACUCCACAAUGAUUGAUCUGACACCAUUUAAAUAGAAAAACACCUCCCGUCUUCUAAAAGUGAUAAAACAAUUUAUGAAUGAAAAAAGAUCUUUCCAGAUAGCAUGUGGUCACAUUUUUGAUUGAUUCCAUUUCUCUAAGAAGCUCAAACAAGCCGCUGUUUAAGAAACUAUCUACUACUGUACUGAGUAUUCAACUUUAAACACAGUCAUAACAACACACUAAUAGAUAUUAAUUUAGCUCAAAAUAUAGACAGAAAACUUAUCAUGUAUCAACUUUCUCUGAAAGAACCAUGAAAGAAACAAAUUUAGCAACUAGUGCUAGUCAGACUGAAGCUAGCUGAAGCGGGACUUAUCCUCAGCUUGUUUAUAGAUUUUUAUUUCUGUGUAAAAGUUUUCCGUUUGGACCUCAGCCUCUAUUUGUGUGACUUUUUAAAGGCCGGCGUCUGUAUGAGAGAUCACACUACAUGCAUGUAGAUGUGCACUGUGUGGUGUGUAGAGAGUCUACAUGUGGCAGUACACUACCAGCCUUUACAAGCUGUGACACAGGUUGCUUCGGAGGACGUGAACACUAGUUUUUAGCUGAACCCAACUGAAAUGCUAUCGCUAACGCUAAAAUCUUACAGAGCUGAAACGUUUUGGGUUUGAAUUUUCAAGAGGCCCAUUUUCUCAUUCAUUUUCUCUACAGAUAUCGACCUAUAAUCUUAUAACAGAAACAACCAGCUUUGAGAUUUAUAAUAAAGAAAAUACAGAUUAUAUCCAGUAGAAACAAAAGCAAAAUCUUUCAAAGUUAAUGAACUUCUAUACGUAUGCAGCAUUUAGUGACUUCACCAGAUCAAUUAGUGACCCUCGAUAUCAUUAAUAUAAUAUACUCUUGAUAUAAAAGUGACUACUAUUAUGGCAACAGUGAUAUCUCUGGUUAAAGGAAACUAAAUAUCAUGAGAGGCGCAGUGCACAACCUGAUUUCUGAUGAUACACACCCUAAAAAUACUUCUGCUGCCAUCUGAUGAUUUACUGUUACUGUUUUUACACCUCACUAUAUCUAUUCAAACUCUUAACAGUGAUGCAACACUACACCAUGAAGCAGUGUUACACAAAACAAGAUGAAAAUUUUAAUAUAUAGUCAACUAAGCUAUCGUCCAUUUAAUAAGCAGGAUCGAGUACAGUAUUGUCUUGGUAGGGUUAGCAAUAGACUACAUGAGAAAUUUCUAAAUGGAUUGCAAUAUUUCAGCUCAGUAUGGACUCAUCGCUGAAUAUUAUAAAGUUGGUUGUAAAUGGUACGUGACACCAUGCAACUGGACUGAUUUAAAUUAAAGAAAAGAUUGCCCCCUGUUCCUCUUUGACCUCGUAGUACCUUUGUGUACAGUAGAAUUUGAAUUAUUUUAAUUUCCCAGGAAGCCAAUUAUGUCACAAUCUCAAACUCAAUGCCCUCCUCCAGAAUCACACCAAUGUCCCUUUAUGCUAUUUCACUCCAUGGUGAAGUGACUAAUACAAGCACAGUCUAUUUAAGUGCGGAGAGCUUGUAUUCACUGUGAGAAAACUACUUAUACUUGUGUAAAAUGCCCAUAUGAUUGUUGUUUUGCACCAGGAAACAUAUGUUAAUAGAUUUGAAUCCUGUAAGACAUUUAGACAGCAUAUUGAAUUUCCAUCUAGUGAGUUUGGGAGCUGAAAAACAGUCUUUCUCUUUAAUGACCUUCACAGGACUCCAGUAGCUGUCUGUAAUUUACCCACAAAUGUCUAAAAAGCUCAACUGUACUGGCAGCAGCUGGAGUUGAUCUGCUUUCAGGUCAAGAUAUUAGCUCAAAGCUGCAAUUCUGAGCAUAUUUUCAAAAGUUGGUGUAACUACCAAACAUGGAAAUAGUUUGGUAUUGCUUUGAAUUGCCUUGAAAGUGAAAAAAAUACCUUAACUUUGCUAACCAAUGUGCUCCUAGCCAACACCCAUAAUUACAGACUGUCCAAACCAUGUCGUAUUCACACGAUCAGGUUAUUGAACAAACUUAUUUUCUUGUAAAUUUGUCUAAGUCAGUGUCAACAAGAAAUAGGCCAAGCCUACUACAUAGUCUCAUAUUUACGUUGUCAAACAUUAAGAUUAACAUUUUAAUGUUUGGUCGGUCAAAUCGUUAGGGCUUAGUCAUGGAUGUCAAAGAACAUAUAUUUUUUACGGAUUAUACAUUUUUUUAAUGUAAUGCCAAAAUAUGUCGUUGAAAAAUUUUUAUGGCCAAAUUUAGAUUGAGUCAAAUCGAGUGAGUCUACCUCAUGGUAUGUCCUAGAUGUGGAGAAAAAAAAGAGGAAUUUGUCUGAUUUGGAAAAACAGCCAGUAACAGUGUAUAAGGUUAGUAAGUAUCAAUGAAAACAUGUCUGUGUCCUCUCAGUUGACAAAAAAAAUACUCAAACAUCACAUGAAGACAAAGUGAAUGAGAUAUUCCACUGAAAAUGA